AUGGACUAUUUCAUGUUUAUGCUGCCUACACAAAACAGGACUUGCUUUUGCUACCGCAGUAUGUUCUUGGAGAAUAUGUUGCUGCUAUCAAGCGUUCUCAGCCUCUUGUGCUUCUCAAGGAUGGUUUCAAGCACUCAUAGAACGCAUGUGUUGCAGGGAUCUCAAGACAGCAGGAUCGGCAGCGACAAGACCCGCGACGAAACUAACCAUGCUAGGCCAUGUUGUCUACCGUACCGGUUUCAGGCUAUAGUAGCAUCGCUUCCCAACUUCAGUGACAGAAGAAAGGCAGUUGCAAGAAUGUCCAGGGAUUGGAACAACAGAAUCCAGAUUCACUCAAGCGUCUUGUUUGAUAGUGGAGGUCAAGAGCAGAUUAUAAGACAGACAUUUAUGGACUUCAAGCACAUGGUGCAAUACGAAUAUACCCCGGGUGGAUCUUGUCACACGUCGACCUUGAACUACGGAAUGCUGGAACCAUGCAUGCCUGAAAACGCAAGCUAUUUGGGACAGUCCUACAUGGGAGCCUACAAUAACCAGAUGGUUGUUAAUACCUGGAACUUUCAACGGACAAACUUGAACAGAGAUCUUGAAAUAACCAUAGUUGUGACUGCAGACAAGUGUGUGCCCGUUUCAGAACAUAUCACUGGAAAGAUUGGAACAGGUAAAGCUGAAUCCAUGAUCUUUUUCACCAAUGUUACAGAACAAGUGGACAACUCGGUCUUUGAGAUCCCCCACACAUGUUUCGGUGUCCAGCCAAUGUGA